AUGGACACGAAUGUACAAAAGAGACGAGAAAACAAAAAGUCAUUGCGAGUUAAAGUUAUCAGCCUUGGAAAUGCGGAGGUUGGGAAGAGCUGUAUCAUAAAGCGCUACUGUGAAAAGAGAUUUGUCCCCAAGUAUCUUGCCACUAUUGGAAUUGAUUAUGGGGUUACGAAAGUACAGGUACGGGACAGAGAAAUUAAAGUGAACAUCUUUGACAUGGCAGGUCACCCUUUCUUCUACGAGGUACGUAAUGAGUUCUAUAAGGACUCUCAGGGCGUGAUCCUGGUCUAUGACGUGGGCUUGAGGGAAAGCUUCGACGCCUUGGACAGCUGGCUGACGGAGAUGAAGCAGGAGAUGGGGUCUCAGGCCAACAUGGAGAGCAUCAUUUUUGUGGUGUGUGCGAACAAGGUGGAUUUGACUAAGAGGAGAGUGGUGGAUGAGAGUGAGGGGAGACUCUGGGCUGAGAGCAGAGGUUUUCACUAUUUUGAAACGUCAGCACAGAGCGGAGAGGGUAUCAGUGAGAUGUUUCAGGCUUUCUUCUCGUCUAUAACGGACAUGUGUGAGAACGGAGGGAAGCGACCGACCCCCGAGGUCAGUGUGGGGUUCACUAAGGAGCAGGCCGACACCAUCCGGCGGAUCCGCAACAGCAAGGACAGCUGGGAUAUGCUAGGGGUCAAACCUGGGGCCACCAGGGAGGAAGUCAAUAAGGCAUACAGGAAGCUGGCAGUGUUACUGCACCCAGAUAAAUGUGUGGCCCCAGGGAGUGAAGACGCCUUCAAAGCAGUGGUGAACGCUCGCACAUCCCUGCUUAAAAACAUCAAGUAG